CUGCAAAGAAGCGAUGAACAUGGCGGAGAUGUAGCUGUGAGGUAUUGGGUUUACGGCAAUAAGCGGAGGAUGUACGCUGUGUUUUCAUUAGGGCGAAGACGCCAACGUCCUGCCAAGAAGAACAGGGCGUAGUGCAAAAGAGGGGAGUUUCUAUCCGAAGUGAUCAGAGACCUCCAGAUUCGCUAACUUUCUUUUUCGUUCCCCAUCGCUGUAAACUGUUUUAAAAUGGCCCCGGUGCAAAUUGGUCCAGAUGGCCAACUGGUCCCGGCCGGGGGUCCAACCUCAACGCCUCAGCCCCCUCCGCCUGGUGCCCCUGCAACGCACGGCGUCCGACUUAGCCUGCUGAUCGAAUUCCUCCUGCAAAGAACCUAUCAUGAAAUCACCCUGUUGGCUGAACUGCUUCCCCGGAAGCCAGAUAUGGAAAGGAAGAUCGAGAUUGUGCAGUUUGCCAGUCGGACACGCCAGCUCUUUGUGCGGCUGUUGGCCUUAGUCAAGUGGGCAGGGAAUGCUGGGAAGGUGGAGAAGUGUGCGAUGAUCUCCAGCUUCCUGGACCAGCAGGCCUUCCUGUUUGUGGACACAGCAGACAGGCUGGCCUCGCUGGCGAGGGAUGCCCUGGUCCACGCCCGCCUGCCCAGCUUCGCCAUCCCCUUCGCCAUCGACGUGCUGACCACCGGCUCGUACCCGCGUCUGCCCACCUGCAUCAGGGACAAGAUCAUCCCUCCCGACCCCGUCACCAAGGCAGAGAAGCAGGCCACCCUGGGCCAGCUCAGUCAGAUCCUGCGGCACCGCCUGGUCACCACCGACCUGCCCCCUCAGCUGGCCAACCUCACCGUGGCCAACGGGCGGGUGAGGUUCCGGGUGGAGGGCGAGUUCGAGGCCACGCUAACGGUGAUGGGGGACGACCCGGACAUCCCGUGGAGGCUGCUCAAACUGGAGAUCCUGGUGGAGGACAAGGAGACCGGAGACGGACGAGCCCUGGUGCACAGCAUGCAGGUGAACUUCAUCCACGAGCUGGUGCAGUCCCGCCUGCUGGCCGACGACAAGCCCCUUCAGGACAUGUACAACUGCCUGCACUCGUUCUGCCUGUCGCUGCAGCUGGAGGUGCUGCACUCUCAGACCCUCACGCUGGUCCGGGAGCGCUGGGGCGACCUGGUCCAGGUGGAGCGCUACCUGCCCGCCAAGUGCCUCACCCUCACCGUCUGGAAUCAGCAGAUCCUCGGCCGUAAGACCGGUUCGGCUUCGGUCCACAAGGUCAAUAUCAAGAUCGAGGAAUCCGACGGCUCGAAGCCCCUGCAGAUAUCCCAUGAGCCUCCACUGCCAGCCUGCGACUCCAAACUAAUGGAGAGAGCCAUGAAGAUCGACCAUCUGUCCGUGGAGAAGCUGCUGAUCGUCAGCGUCCACGCCCGCUCCCACCAGAAGCUGCAGGAGCUCAAAGCCAUACUGAAGGGCCACAACCCCAACGACAGCUCCUUCAUAGAAACCGCUCUGCCCACCCUGGUCAUUCCCAUCCUGGAGCCGUGUGGGCGCUCCGAGUGUCUCCACAUAUUCGUUGACUUGCAUUCCGGAAUGUUCCAGCCAAUGCUGUAUGGAAUAGAACAGUCCAUGCUGGAUGACAUUGAGAAAUCGAUCAACGACGACAUGAAACGGAUCAUCUCCUGGCUGCAGCAGCUCAAGUUUUGGCUGGGGGAACAGAGAUGCAGGCAGUCGGUGAAGCACCUCCCCACGCUCUGCAGCGUCACCUUCCACCUCUCUAACUCCGCCUCCCACCCGGUCGGCAGCCUAUCCAAGCACCGCCUCUUCAUCAAGCUGACACGCCUCCCGCAGUACUACAUCGUGGUGGAGAUGUUGGGGGUCCCCGGAUGCCCCACGGAGCUGCAGUACAAGUACUACUUCCUGUCCACAACGCAGCUGGAGGGCCAGGAGCCCUUGCCCAGCGCCCAGCUGCUGCAGGAGUUCAAGCCCAACCUGGAGGAGCUGGUGCAGGACGCCGCCUCCAGCCGAGCCCCCCGGCCCGGAGCCAAGAGGAAGCUGUCUGGAGACCAGGCCGCAGUGGAACCCAAGAAGCCCAAACGCUCGGGGGAAAUGUGUGCCUUCAACAAGGUGCUGGCUCACCUGGUGGCCAUGUGUGACACCAACAUGCCCUUCAUUGGCCUGCGCUGCGAGCUGACCAACCUGGAGAUCCCUCAUCAGGGCGUGCAGGUGGAGGGGGAUGGCUGCAGCCAUGCCAUCCGCAUCCUCAGGAUCCCUCCGUGUAAAGGGGUGAGUGAGGAGACGCAGAGGGCUCUGGAGCGCUCCCUGCUGGACUGCACCAUCCGGCUGCAGGGCCGCAACAACCGCACCUGGGUGGCCGAGCUGUCCUUCUCCAACUGCCCCCUCGCCCGCACCUCCACCAGGGAGCAAGCCUCCACGCGCUACGUGUACCUGACCUACGAGAACCCGCUGUCGGAGCCCGUGGGGGGGCGGAAGGUGGUGGAGCUGUUCCUGAACGACUGGAGCAGCAUCAGCCGGCUGUACCAGUGCGUGCUGGAGUUCUCCCACGCCCUGCUGGACUUGCCAUCCUACCUCAGCCUCUUCUCUGAGAUCCGGCUGUACAACCAUCGCAAGCUGGUCCUGUGCUACGGCAGCACCAAAGGCAGCUCGGUGACGAUCCAGUGGAACUCGGUCAGCCGCAGGUUCCACAUCUCGCUGGGCACCGUGGGCCCCAACUCCGGCUGCAGCAACUGCCACAACAUCAUCCUCCACCAGCUGCAGGAGAUGUUCAAUAAGACCCCCAGCGUGGUGCAGCUGCUGCAGGUCCUGUCUGACACCCAGGGCCCCCUGAACGCCAUCAACAAGCUGCCCACAGUGCCCAUGCUGGGCCUGACCCAGAGGACCAACACGGCCUACCAGUGCUUCUCCAUCCUGCCCCAGUCCCCCACGCACAUCCGCCUGGCCUUCCGCAACAUGUACUGCAUCGACAUCUACUGCAGCAGCCGGGGGGUGGUGGCCAUCCGCGACGGCGCCUACAGCCUCUUCGACAACACCAAGAUCGUGGAGGGCUUCUACCCCGCGCCGGGACUCAAGACAUUCCUCAACAUGUUCGUGGACAGCAACCAGGAUGCGCGGAGGCGCUCGGUGAACGAGGACGACAACCCGCCGUCUCCCGUGGGCGUGGACAUGAUGGACACCCUCGCCUUCCAGCUGCAGCCGGGCCAGUUUGUGAAGCAGCAGCCCGGCAGUGGGGUCUACCCCCCCCUCACAUCCCCGCCCAACCCGUACCACUCCAACGUCACCCCCUCCCCCUCCAUGCUGCCCACCCAGUCUCCUGGGAACAUCCACGCGGCCAGCUCCCCUAGCGGCGCCCUGCGGGCCCCGUCCCCGUUCGGCCCCACGCCGUCUCCCUCCUCGCUGGGCAUUACUAUGGGCCAGACCUCCAGCUUUGCCAGUCCGCACGGAGCACUGGAGCCCAGCUCGCCCUACGCCCAGCGGACGGGCACAUGGCCCGGGUCGCCCCAGGUGUCCGGGCCCUCGCCUGGCGCCCGCAUCCACGGCAUGUCGCCAGGCAACCCCUCGCUCCACUCCCCCAUCCCUGACGCCUCGCACUCCCCCCGCGCCGGGACCAGCUCCCAGGCCAUGCCAACCAACAUGCCCCCCCCUCGCAAGCUACCUCAGCGGUCCUGGGCUGCCUCCAUCCCCACCAUCCUGACCCACAGCGCGCUGCACGUGCUGCUGCUGCCCUCGCCCACGCCCUGCCUGGUGCCGGGGCUGGCCGGCAGCUACCUCUGCUCCCCGCUGGAGCGCUUCCUGGGCUCCGUCAUCAUGAGGAGACACCUGCAGAGGAUCAUUCAGCAGGAGCCCAACCUCUCCAUCGUUAACUCUAACGAGCCGGGCGUGAUCAUGUUCAAGACCGAGGUGCUGAAGUGCCGGGUCGCGCUGAACCCCAAGACCUACCAGACCCUGCAGCUGAAGGUGACCCCCGAGAACACGGGGCCCUGGUCCCAGGAGGAGCUGCAGGUGCUGGAGAAGUUCUUUGAAACCAGGGUUGCUGGUCCUCCCUUUAAGUACAACACCCUCAAUGCCUUCACCAAGCUGCUGGGGGCGCCAACGAGCAUCCUCAGGGACUGUGUGCGCAUCAUGAAGCUGGAGCUGUUCCCGGACCAGACGGCCCAGCUGAAGUGGAGCGUGCAGUUCUGCCUCACCAUCCCCCCCAGUGCCCCGCCCAUCGCCCCCCCCGGGACCAUCGCCGUGGUGCUCAAGUCUAAGAUGCUGUUUUUCCUGCAGCUGACCCAGCGGCUGCCCGCGCCCCAGGAGCCGGUGAGCAUCAUCGUGCCCAUCGUGUACGACAUGGCCGCGGGGCAGACGCAGCAGGCCGACAUCCCGCGCCAGCACAGCUCCUCGGGCGCCGCCGCCCUCAUGGUCAGCAGCAUCCUCAAGCGCUUCAACGACAUGCACCCGGCGCGCCAAGGUGAAUGCACAAUAUUUGCUUCAGUUCAUGAACUCAUGGCAAGUCUCACACUGCCCCCUGGUGGUCGCCCAUAGCGCAGCAUCCCUUGUGCUGGGAGGACAAACAAGAUUACAGCGAACGCUGUAUGGACUGGCUCCCUGAUGGCUGAGAAUGAAGACCUAUUCUCUGCUGAAAUCAGUCUGGUGUACUUUGCGUUAAAAAGGGAGUGAAUUAUGCUCAGUAAUUGAACACUAUGUUGUAUAAAAACGCACGUAUGUCCAAUUCUAAAAUGAAAGAGGCGGUUGCUUGGGGUAAAGCCCGUUUAUAAAUUAUUUUGAAGAGCUAAUAAGAAAAUUAUUUUUUUCCAGAGAUGCACUUCUUGAAUAACAGAUUAAUAAUGAUAGAUUUGUUUACCUACUGCUGUACAUUAUUUUAUAUUUCACAAUUUCUGAAAAAAUUAAACAAGUUUUUUCAAGCUAUUCAAAUUCCUUUUAUACUGCAAGAUACAAAUAUUAUUGAAGUAUUGGAGAUGUGUUCUUUUUGGUACUCUAUGUAAAUGUUUGUUUUUUUUCCCCUCCCAUUCUUGAUGUUGAGUUAAAUUAAAUGCUUUUUAGUUAAGCCUGUCGAGUUUUAGUUCAGGAAAACCAAGACAGACUUUAUAAGCCCUACUUUAUUACGGCUGCUUUUCAGUAUGAAAGGAAGAAUCUGUCCAUCUUGGAUGAAUACUAUUUAAUAAAUGGACACAGAAAGGUU